GGCGCGUGCGCGGCGGGAGAGAGAGAGAGGGGCAGCAGCGUAAGCGGGCUGGGAAAUGUGAAGCGUUCCGCCAGCCCGUUCUCUCCUCGGCGUCCGUCUCUUGCGCGUCUCACUUCGCUCUCGACCGCCCAACCACCGUCUGUUGCGUCUGCGAUCGCCCUCCCUCGAGGUCUAUUAGAUUUUGAAGAACAUCAGUCUGGAUUUUCUUGUGAUCAAUGGAUACCAUAGCCAACUUCAAUGAUCUCACUUAACACAGAAUUGUGGACCGCAUAGUUUUAUACAUGUAAACGUACAACUCCGAAGUAUACGGAACUGUUCGAUACUUGUGAUCACCCGUAAUCGUUUGAAAAACAUCUAUUAGGUCUCCAAAAUUUAGCACCUAGCAAGGACCCUACAUAAGCACCAAAAUGAGUGCCAGCAACAGCUCUUUGAAGAAAGAACCCAAAAAGGACUCGGGUGGUGGCCAAGGGCAGGUGGCGUUUGUUGUAGACAAUACUAUCAAACGUCCCAACUCGCAAAUCCCACGGAAGAAGUCUUCCAACAUGGAAGUGGUGAAGGAACUUAACAAGUGCAAGGAGCAGAAUGCGACCCGACUGGACUUGGCAAAGCGUUCCAUCGCAAGUUUGCCUCCAAACAUAAAGGAGCUGACACAGCUGACAGAGCUGUACCUUUAUGGAAACCGUCUUCCUUGCCUACCGACAGAGAUUGGCUGUUUGGUGAACCUGGUGACUCUUGCGCUCAAUGAAAACUCACUGACCGGCCUCCCUGACACGCUGACAGGCCUCACCAGCCUGCGCAUGUUGGAUUUGCGCCACAACAAACUGAGAUCUAUUCCACCGGUGGUCUACCGUCUUACUUCGCUCACUGUGCUGUACCUGCGCUUCAAUCGCAUCACUCAGGUGGAAAAGGACAUUGGAAACUUAAGUAAACUCACCAUGCUGAGUGUUCGAGAAAAUAAGAUCAAGCUGCUCCCAGCUGAGAUAGGAGAGCUGAGGAGUUUAUUGACACUAGAUGUGGCACACAAUCAACUGGAGCACUUGCCAGAGGAGAUUGGGAACUGUGUACAAGUCACCAACCUUGACCUUCAACACAAUGAGCUCCUUGACCUUCCCGACAGUAUAGGUAACUUGGCAAGCCUGAACAGACUCGGUCUGCGAUACAACCGACUCUCUGCAGUGCCCACGACCCUGGCCAACUGCACCGAGUUGGAAGACUUAAACUUGGAAAACAAUAACAUCUCCACUUUACCAGAGGGUCUUCUUUCAAGCCUGGUGAACCUCAGCAGUUUGACCCUAGCCAGAAACUGCUUCCAGGCCUAUCCCGUGGGUGGGCCCUCCCAGUUCACGACGGUCUAUUCCCUCAACAUGGAGCACAACCACAUCGGCAAAAUUCCCUUCGGCAUCUUCUCCCGUGCAAAAGCCCUCAGUAAACUGAACAUGAAGGAUAAUCAGCUGACCUCCUUGCCUCUGGACAUUGGCACCUGGAAGAGCAUGGUGGAACUGAACUUGGCCACAAAUCAGCUCACCAAAAUUCCAGAUGACAUCUCAGAGCUGACAUCUCUAGAGAUACUGGUGCUGUCUAACAACCUUUUGCGGAAACUGCCUCAUGGUUUGGGCAAUCUGCGAAAGCUGAGGGAAUUAGACCUCGAAGAGAACAAGUUGGAGUCUCUGCCGAAUGAAAUCGCUUACCUCAAAGACUUGCAGAAAUUAGUUCUGACAAACAACCAGCUGACUUCUCUGCCAAGAGGAAUCGGUCACCUCUGCAGCCUAACACACCUCAUGGUUGGGGAAAACCAGCUCACCCAUGUCCCAGAAGAAAUAGGAACGCUGGAGAACCUGGAGGAGCUGUACCUGAAUGACAACCCCAACCUGCACAACUUACCCUUUGAGUUGGCCCUUUGUUCAAAGCUGCUCAUAAUGAGUAUUGAGAACUGCCCUCUGAGUCAGCUGCCUGGCCCCAUUGUGAGCAGUGGACCUUCCUUCAUAAUACAAUAUCUGAAGAUGCAGGGCCCUUACCGUGCUAUGGUCUGAGUUUAUCCCAGCAAGACUGCAGUGAUUCUAGAACGAUUUACAGGGGACUAAAAUAUGCAAGUAUAAGAUCCGCUGUGAUAAAAAAUUAUAACCCGUUUACUUGUUUUUGGAUGUGGCCUGACAAUUAUAUGCAGCUUACUUUUAAGACAUGAAUUUACAUCAAUCUAUAAUACUGCUUUUUAUUACACUACUAUGUUUUAUGAGUCAUCUUAAGGUAUAUACAGUAAUUUAAUAUCCGAAGUCAGUUGCUAAAAUAAGUCAGUAACGUUUUGCACGUGUAAAUGCAUAACUUGACGGCAAGUGCUUCCAGAUGCACCACAAUAUCAGCAUCUUGACUGAUUUUCAACCUCUCAUUUAUCAGUUCUUGCUUGACCUGUGAAUUUCCGUAAUUUUCUCCAUAUUUCUGGCCUUCUGGUUAGAGGUUGUCAAAUUAUUGGUGUAUUUUGUUUCUAUUAUAAUUACAACUACAUUUUUUCUAAAUUGUUUCUGCUCUUGGCCAUACUGUCUUGUUAAAACACAGUAAUAGCUAUUGAUCAUUUACACGGUUUUCACUUGAGCACUUCAUAUCAGUUAUCUUUUGAAAAACUAUCAUUUUGGCAGUACUGUACUAAAUGCAUCAAAGGUUCUAGAAUUGUUUGCACCAGUGUAAAUAUGUGACAUAUCUUCUGCGUCUACUGUAAUAAAUGCAUGACUGUUUAAUCUGAAGUAGUAUAUAAAUAUUUUUUAUGUAGCUUAUAGUUUGCUAGACUAAUAAUAGGCAUUAUGGUAAUGUAGAGGCGGAGUGGUUAGUACUGUAUUUUGCUUUUAAAUUCAAACUGCUAACUGUGGGGUGUCUGUAACAUAGCGUGUACGUAUUUCACUGGCAGAUAUUGGCUAAAUGGAGCUGAAACCGAAACUUUGUAUUCAUGAUUUAAACCACAGUAGCACCAAUGGGCCGUUGUGCAAGUUUAAAUUUUAGCAUAAAGAAAUACAAUAACGCAUUAUAGGUGCUGGUGUUUGCGAUACAGCAUGUUUGUGUAAUUCCUGCCCCAGUUACACUUGGAUAAGGUUUUUCUGCAUCGUUAUUACGUAUUUGGUUGUAUGGUUUUUGAUCUUGUUGAGGGUUUUUAGGAAUUUAAAUCUGUAAUCAUUUGACAGCUCAAAAAAGUGUAAAUCUGUACAGUACAUUAUUACAUUUGGUUCUGCUUGUUUUGUGUUGAUCUGUUUGUUGGUUAGGUCUAAACACCUACUUUUUCAUUUAGACAUUGUGGUGUUCAUUUGCCUUUUGUAAACAAUUUUCCAAAGAUUUAUUUUCUGCCUCUUCUAGCUAAUUCUUAUAUUGGCCUUCUGUUGCAAAAAAACAAACAUAUAUACUGUAUGUACACAGGAGCAACUUUUUUGCAUUUUUCAUUAUACCAUUGGAGUUUUACAAAUUGAAUACCCUUAAUUUUAAUUAUGAAGGUGUUCUACUGUAUGUACUGUAUGCAUGUAAUAUAGGGUUUUCAAAAUAAUCAAAUGCAGUUAAUUUAAACGUGUUCAGAAUUUGAGACAAGCGUUCAUUCUUAAAAUGCCAAAAUGUUGUGGUAUGGCAUGUUUUGCAGUGGCACCAAAGGUUUUACAUUGCAAUUUGGAUCAUGUAGUAUUGGAAAUAAUUGGGACUUUUUAAACAUUGUAAUCACUAAGUAGAUAAUGCAGCUGCUUGUCUUCGCCAUGAGGUUUGUGCUUCGUAAAUGUAUGCCAUUUGUAAAAAAAAUGUUUAACGGAUUUUUCUUGAAUUACAAAUGACCUGCUACAAGUGGUGAUGCCAUAAAAGCUUAAGCAUCUGAACAAAUUGCUAAGCACACUUAGUAAAAACAAGUUUUGUGCAUUUUGUAAUUUUCAGUCGUACAAGUAACAUUAAAAAAUGUAAAACUU